AUGAUGGAUGAUAAGGGAAAACUUACGCAAAUGCAGACACUAACGUGCGGUUUAGGAGCAGGGGUAAUGGAAGCAGUGGUCAUUGUUUGUCCAAUGGAGACUGUCAAGGUCAAAUUCAUUCACGAUCAGACCCAACCAAACCCAAAGUAUAAAGGUUUUUUCAGUGGUGUUGGGACAAUAGUAAGACAAGAAGGUAAACUAUCAGUAGAGGUGUAAACCUUUUAUAAUAAAUUAUGGUCACCUGUCUAUAAGUGGAUGCUGAGGUGCCUGGGCUGUGCUCUAGCAGAGCCCAGUGGCCCCUGGUGCCCAGAUUUGCUCUUGAGCGACUAGGAAAUUGUAGUUUUUUCACACAAAUCAGAUGCUGGGCACCCUUCAAUUUUCCCAAGAGCACUGGGCCUUGGGUAGCCUGAAUUUCAGACGAGAACUUCGAGUCGUUUUCACUCCCUCAGUAACGUUUGAAUCAAGCAGUGGUUAAUGCAGUCCAGUGACGUCAUUACUCCUAUGCUUUAAUUCAUGCAAAAAGUAAAACAUGAUUCUUAACUGGAAAGCAAGAAAUAUCAUUGAGAAAUGUCUGCAUGAUAAAGAAUUGCUUUACCCUUUUCGAUCAUAAUUCAUUUUUAACGUUCAAACUGUCAACUGCCUGCAGUACUCUGAACCAGUUCUAAUUCAAUAAUCAAACUCCAGAAUCAAACUCAAUCGCAAUCAUGCAAUGAAAUAAAUACACAUUAACGGCCGGUCGACUCAGAUGUUGCUUAGAAGAGAACACGCCUUGAAGCAAUUGUCUGAAAUUCAGGCUAGGCCUUGGGGGGAAUCAAAAGCAGUAAGUGUCUAUCUUUAGGGAGGUGUCCAUAUUAUUGAGAGUCUAAUAUCUUAGCACUUCAACCCUUAAUAUCCACAUACACAUUCUGCCAACUGAUCUGCUUUACUUCCAUGAAGAAUUUACCGGUAGUUAUGAUAAUUUGAUAAAUGAUCAAAGCAUUUUCCCUUGAUGAUCAUUUCAUUAACUUCCAUAUUUCCCUAAUUUCUCUUGAUAAUGUAUUAAAUAAAUAGUGUUAAGAGAAAAUUGAUGUUGGUCUGUCUUGGAACUUUAAAGGGUUAAAACAAAGUUGAUUGUCUUCCUGAACUAUUAUUUACUACUACUUAAAACAUGGAUUGUGGCUGUCACAAUUCUCUCCUCCUUUUCUGUCAAUUGUUGGUGCCUUCUGAGAGGAUUAUCGCCAGUUUUUGGGCCAUGUUGCUUGUUGCUUCUACCCCUUGCUGAAAAAUAAAAUGCACUAAUAUCCAGUAACAAUGUCUGGACAGGGCUUGGUGGAGUGUACAAAGGGUUAACAGCAACCGUCAUCAAACAAGGAACCAAUCAAAUGAUCCGGUUUUUUGUGUACUCCAAUCUGAAGAACUACCUUCAAGACGGAGACCCAUCUAAGGACAUUGGUUCCAUACGUACAUUCAUCAUUGGUGGCAUAGCUGGAGCAGCUAGUGUGUUUGGCAACACUCCAGUUGAUGUUGUCAAAACAAGAAUGCAGGUAGGUAACAAAAUCCCUCCUGUCCCUUCCCUAUUUUUAUAUGAAAGGGGCGUGGCUACUUAGGUAAGUAGUACCCCUAAUUAGUCGAUUGACCAUAUUCCAAAUACAAAUACCAGUAAAUAAAAAAAACUCUCAAAAACACUUUUCUAGCAUUCACUGCCUUGUAAGAUCUAGAAAUGAAGGUAGAAUGUGUUAUGCCAUUAUUCAUAUUCCUAACUCUACUUAAUGGCCAGCAAACAUGUUCUCAGCAUUAGCUAGUGUAAAAAGUUUUAACAGUACAUUUUACCUUUUUUUGUAAAGGGUCUUGAAGCACACAAAUACAAGAACACCCUAGACUGUGUGAUGAGAAUUAUACGAUAUGAAGGGCUCAAGGCGUAAGUAAAUUAUUACAGUUAUUUUUGGUUUUAAAAUUAUACUUUUUCAAAGACAAUAAAUGUUCUUAAUAAUAAUUUUACAAGACAUGUAAUUUCUUUAUUAAAGAGGGGCUAAUACCAACUUAGCUUGUAAUAUAAUUGUUGUUUGUGUUGUUUACCCACAAAGCUGUUAAGAGUCCUUAAGAACUUGUUUAAAAAUGCCCGUAUAUUCCAGAUCGAAUUGGAAUUAAUAAGUGUUGGUUUUUAAGGAGAGGGGAAAACCAGAGUACCCAGAGAAAAAGCUCUUGUAGCAAAGGAGAGAACCAUCAACAAACUCAACCCACAUAUGGCAUUGACACCGGGAUUUGAACCUGGGUCACAUUGGUGGGAGGCAAGUGCUAUCACCACUGCACCUGACUUGUCCCCAGUUGUCUUUGGGUAGCAGAGGCAGGGGAUGAUGGGAAGGGAAAAGGGAGGAAGACCUCUCUCUCCCUUGCUUUCCUCCAAGAAAUACCCAUUUAGAAAACAUUUUGAAUAAAAAUGUCUACAUUUACAUUUCUUUCCACAGAUUUUACAAGGGAACAGUGCCCCGGCUUGGCAGAGUUUGUUUUGAUGUGGCCUUUGUGUUCACUUUCUAUGAAAAUGUCAUGAAGCUAUUGGACUAUGUUUGGGAAACCAAUUAAUUAGCCCUUAAAUCUAUUCUUCACGUCAUUGCUAAUUUUAAUGAUUUUAUUAUUACCAUUAAUUAUCCCUAUUACUGACACAGACAGUUUUGGANAGAUCGAAUUGGAAUUAAUAAGUGUUGGUUUUUAAGGAGAGGGGAAAACCAGAGUACCCAGAGAAAAAGCUCUUGUAGCAAAGGAGAGAACCAUCAACAAACUCAACCCACAUAUGGCAUUGACACCGGGAUUUGAACCUGGGUCACAUUGGUGGGAGGCAAGUGCUAUCACCACUGCACCUGACUUGUCCCCAGUUGUCUUUGGGUAGCAGAGGCAGGGGAUGAUGGGAAGGGAAAAGGGAGGAAGACCUCUCUCUCCCUUGCUUUCCUCCAAGAAAUACCCAUUUAGAAAACAUUUUGAAUAAAAAUGUCUACAUUUACAUUUCUUUCCACAGAUUUUACAAGGGAACAGUGCCCCGGCUUGGCAGAGUUUGUUUUGAUGUGGCCUUUGUGUUCACUUUCUAUGAAAAUGUCAUGAAGCUAUUGGACUAUGUUUGGGAAACCAAUUAA